AGACAACAUCAACACUGAGGCAAGGAGGAGGAGGGGGUCGCCUCUGCCUGUCCACCUUGGAGAAGCUGAAAGGCUUCACCUGCCUGGCUGCUGAGCCCCCCACGAGUCACAAUGACCCCCAGGAUGAAAUUAAAUCAGAUGGCUCUAGCAUGCCGCAUCAGCGUGAACGUACAAACACGUCAGCUCCACCAGAGGAGGAGCACGAGGAUGAAGAGCAGGACAUCAGACAGCAGGACAACUCGCUGCCGAUCGCCACAAACCCGGAGUUCUUUAUGUCAAAGUUUGCAAAGUCAGGAGGAGGAGGAGGAGGAGGAGGAGGAGGAGGAGGAAAGGUGUCAAUGCUAAGUCUCGCAUCUGAGUCCAGCGCCUCCUCCAGGCGCCCAAAGAGCACGCUCACUCCUCUAGAGCAGCAGGUCAUCCAGCUGAAGGAGCAGCACAAGGACGCCAUGCUGGCCGUGGAGUGUGGCUACAAGUUCAGGUUCUUCGGGGAGGACGCAGAGACUGCUGCCAAGGAGCUGAAUAUCACCUGUCACCUGGACCACAACUUCAUGACGUGCAGCGUCCCCACUCACCGCCUCUUCGUCCACGUCAGGCGGCUGGUCUCUCAGGGACACAAGGUGGGCGUGGUUAAGCAGACCGAGACGUCUGCGAUCAAGUCUUCAGGGUCUAACAGAAACACUCUGUUCACCCGUCGGCUCAGCGCCUUGUACACCAAGUCCACACUGGUGGGUGAGGACGUAAACCCGGUGGCCAGGCUCGAGGACGGGGACGAGGCGGGCUGCGCCGACGUGUCGGAUCCUCCUGAGGGCUUCCUGCUGUGCAUCAGUGAGAGCUGGGACAAACUGAAGAAGCAGCUCACCGUGGGCCUGGUGGCGGUUCAGCCCAGCACCGGAGACCUGCUUCUGGACUGUUUCCCCGACGGACCAUCGCGCUCUGAGCUGGAGAGCCGCGUUCUGAAGAUAAAUCCCGUGGAGAUACUGGUGCCCUCUGACCUCUCGGAUCAAACCCACAAGCUCCUGCUCAGCAUCUCUAAUGCCAGUUCUCAGGCUGAUGAUCGAGUUAGAAUAGAGAAGAGGGACAGCGCCCAGUUUGAGUUCUCUGCUGCAGUCGUCACGGUGGUCGGAUUCUUCGGCCACGCCCAGGAAGAAGACUCACGAUCUCUGUCGAGCGUAGCGUCCUUGGAGAGCCCAGUGGUCUGCUGCCUGGGGCCCCUCAUCCAGUACCUCCAAGAAUUCAAUUUAGAAAGAGUUCUGAGAAAUGAAAGCUCGUUCCAGCGGCUGUCCUGUGAAUCGGAGGGUGUGACACUCAACGCCACCACUCUCAGGAACCUGGAAAUACUCACCAAUCAGACUGAUGGAAGGGUAAAGGGAAGUCUGCUGUGGGUACUGGACCACACUCGCACGGCGUUUGGAAGGAGACUGAUGAGGAAGUGGGUCAGCAGGCCCCUCACAGACCUGCACUCCAUCAGUCAAAGGCAGGAGGCUGUGCAGGAAAUCAUGGAGUCCGACUCUCUAACGCUAAACUCUGUCAGAGCCUUGCUUUCACAUCUGCCUGACCUGGAGAGGGGCAUCUGCAGCAUUUAUCACAAGAAGUCUUCCACGCAGGAGUUUUACCUCGUUAGUAGCUGUCUUUCUCGCCUGGGGCUUGAGCUGCAGAGUCUCCUCCCAGCGAUCCGGUCACAGAUCAGUUCCCCGCUGCUCCGUAGCCUCCUGUUGGACACUCCUGACCUGCUGGCUCCGGCUCAUGGCUUCCUCAAGGUGCUCAAUGAGAAGUCGGCCAAGUCUGGGAAUAAGACGGAACUUUUCUCAGAUCUGUCUGGGUUCCCCGUGCUGCAGGAGAGAACGACGCAGAUCCAGAAGGUUCUCAGAAAGAUUCAAGAUCACCGUAAAGAUGUCGGGCUGGUGCUGAAGGCACCUGGGUUUGACUACACGACCGUCUCUGGACAGGAGUUCCUGAUUGAGGUGAAGAACUCGUCAUCAGUUGUUCCCCAUGACUGGCUCAAAAUCAGCAGUACGAAGGCGGUCAGCAGGUAUCGCUCUCCUCUUCUGGUCGACUGCUACAAGAAGCUACAGCAGCUCAGAGAGCAGCUGCUUCUCGACUGUCAGAGGGAGUGGACCAAUUUUCUGGACCAGUUUGGGGCGCACUACCACACCAUGAAAAGGGCUAUUGGUCACCUAGCAACCAUGGACUGUCUCUUUUCAUUGACUGAGGUGGCUAAACAAGGGGACUAUUGCAGGCCAGAAGUGUGUGAAAAUAAGCAGCAGAUUAUGAUCACCAACGGCAGACAUCCCGCUAUAGAUUUAUUGAUGGGAGAGCACAAUCAGUAUGUGCCUAACCAUACUAAAUUACAGGGUGACGGCAGGAGAACGAUGAUAAUCACCGGGCCCAAUAUGGGGGGCAAAAGCUCCUACAUCCGCCAAGUUGCCCUCAUCUGUAUCAUGGCUCAGAUUGGCUCGUACGUCCCGGCUUCGGAGGCCCGUGUGGGCUUACUGGAUGCGAUUUACACCAGAAUGGGAGCUUCAGAUAACAUCUACAAAGGGCGCAGCACGUUUAUGGAGGAGCUGAAAGAGGCCUCGGAAAUCAUUCGUCAAGCCACCGAGCGCUCGCUGGUCAUCCUCGAUGAGCUGGGACGAGGAACGAGCACUCAUGACGGGAUCGCCAUCGCCUAUGCCACCCUGGAGUACUUCAUCAGAGACGUGAAGUCUCUCACCUUGUUUGUGACCCACUAUCCUCCUCUCUGUGAGCUGGAGCAGCUGCAUCCUGAACACGUGACCAACUACCACAUGGCUUUCUUGCUUAACGAGCCCGACGUCUCAAGCGACACCGGCGAUGAAGAGGUGCAGCCAGAGUUCAUCACCUUCCUCUACCAGUUAACGGAAGGAGCUGCGGGGCGAAGCUACGGCCUCAACGUGGCUCGAUUGGCGGGUAUUCCAGAGCCAAUACUGCACACUUCUGCCCACAAGGCACACGAGCUGGAGAGCAUGGUCAACGCCAGGAGGAAAUCUAAGAAACUUCUCUCCGACCUUUGGAGCAUCUCCGACAAGCCGUCCCUCACAAAGUGGCUGCAGUCAAACUCUUGACAUCUGAGGGAUAUUUUCACCUAGAAUAAAAAAUGUGUUUGGUGAUUAAAUAAAGAAAAAUGUCAAAUGUUCUCUA